UCGGGGCCUCGCGCGGAGUCGCCUGCGUGAAGUGUCACGAUGUCUGACUGGAAGGCCGUGAUCAAGAAUGCAGACAUGUCUGAGGACAUGCAACAAGAUGCCGUUGACUGCGCCACGCAGGCUAUGGAGAAGUACAACAUAGAGAAGGACAUUGCUGCCUAUAUCAAGAAGGAAUUUGACAAGAAAUACAACCCUACCUGGCAUUGUAUUGUGGGCCAAAAUUUUGGCAGCUACGUUACACACGAGACAAAGCACUUCAUCUAUUUUUACUUGGGUCAAGUUGCAAUCCUCCUCUUCAAGUUAGGCUAGGUGGCUGCAGAGAAGGUGUCAGUGGUGGUGGCGAUGGCAAGCAGAUGGCGUUGCUGGGACUAUUUUGCACUGGGGCCAGCAUCAGGAUGUCCUCUCCAAUGGCUGUGCUACUGCAUGGACUGUAUACUCGAUUUCAUGUGUAUGUCGCAGUAAACAAAACCAAACUUCUUUCUGUUUAGUUGCCUGGGGAAGAAGGCUGCUUUACAUUUAUUUUCAAAACUUAAAA